GCAAUAAAGUGUGGGGUAGCUUUCUUUUGAGUGUGAAACCUUGAGAGGAAUGAUUCAAUUUGAUAUGAUUCAACUUCUGAAGGGUUGAUAUUACAACUGGUUUUCACGGUUCUUGUUCUCCAUUUUAUUUCAACAACUGAGGCUACAUAGCAAGAUCAUUAAAAUGGCACCAGAACCAGAGACCAUGCCCAUCUCGGUGGAUUUCCUAGGCGGCCUAGACACCCUCUUCUCCAACACAACAUCCCACACCAUCUCCCUCCCCCUCCUCAACCCCUCCGACUCCUCCCCCGCCAACGUCGGCUUCCUAAUCUCAUACCUCGUCAAGCACCACCUCAAGCACCCAAGGACAGAAUUUUUCGUGCAAGGCGAUGGUCACUUAACACCCGGCAUACUGGUCCUCAUCAACGAGGCAGACUGGGAACUCGAAGGGGAGGAAGAAUGCGAGCUCAAGGCGGGGGAUAAAGUUGUUUUUGUCUCGACCAUGCACGGUGGUUAGACCUCAGUUAUUUUUAACCAAACACAAGAAUGAUACCCAUCCAUCAACAAGCACAUCCCUUUUCCCCUACGCCAGCGAGGAAAACGAACUCCCUCCCCCUCCCUCCGUCCCCCGCCUAGUCCCCAUCAAAUUCUUCAUGGUGUUAUACAUCAACCCCGGCAACCCCCCCUGCCCCACCUCCUCCCCCUCCAACCACCCCAACACUCCCGCCCUGUACUCCUGCCAGCUGAGUCUCACCCCCCCCCUCCCAGCCAGCCUCACCAAACUCUGCUGCGUCACCGGCCCAGCAUGCCUUACCAACAGCCCCCCCUUUUUCAUUUCCUUUUCUUCCAGUCCUCUCACAAACUUGAUACUCUGCAGACAAAGCACCGGGUUGUAGCUCAGACCAAAAACAGUCUCGAGCUUUAAAUCAUCGUCUAGAUCUCUGAGAUACGAGUCCAAAACAGGGACAAGCGAUUUCGGUAUGCGGCAACCCCUGGCGUUGGCGUCGGGGGAGCCAGAGUCGGAUGUUGGUGCGAGGGCGAAUGCACGUCCCCUCCAGAGGUUGUUGCAGAUGUCCAUCAGGAAGCCGUUGAAGAUGUUGAUCUGGGACCAUUCUUCCUGUGAUGGUUUUCGUUGCUGUUGCUGAGGGGAGGUCUUUUUGGUUAUGACGGUCUCCCAGGCUAUUUUAUAGACUGUUAGGAUGGAGCAGAGGCGGGAUAGGACGGUUAGGGAGGGGGAGAAGGCUAGGUUGUAGACUAGCAAGGGUGGGGGGAUGGCGAUGGGGAUGUGGAGGAGGAGGAUGGGGGAGGAGUAGAUUCUGCCUGUGGCGGUGUAGAAGUCUAGGAUGGCGAGGGAGGUGGAGAUGGAAGGGGAGGAUUGGGAUAGAGUUAGGCAGAGGGGGUUGACGUGGGUGAGGAGGGAGGGGAUGGAGGUGACUGGUUGUGAUGGGAGGGAGGAGGUGGGUCGGGAGAGGAGGCGGGUCGUCCAGUUGUUUAGGAGGAGGGUGUAAAAGGUUAGGAGGGCGAGCUGGGAUUGGGGGGUGUUGUUGAGGAGCUUAGAUUGGAGGAGGGUGAAGAGGGGGGAUAAUUCUGAAUGGGUUAGUGACAAGUUGGGUGAUUAGGGAUGAAGGUGAGGGCAUACCGGUAAAGUCAAGCAGGGGGAGGUAGCUCAACGUCUCGAGGACUAUGUCUCGUUUGUCUAACCCGUUCCAUGUCUGCAGGAAGCUUUGGAAGAAUUCCAUCAAAACGGGAGAUAAUUCCUGCAGCAUGUUAGCAUUGAGGAGUUGUGUGGAACAAUAGACACAACAAACCUUGAUACUCAAGACAUAAUCACGAAUCACCUCUACCAUAUCGAGUAGGAAUGACGGGUCUGUAUCACCGCUCGUCACAUCACCCACACACGCCAUCAACCAAUUGCUUAUGCGCUGCGAAGCCUCCUGGCUGGGCCGCAGCAACAAAAACUUCUGCAGCAAGGGGUCUGCAAGGACGGCAACCAGCUGCGAGGGCAUUUCGAUCUUUUCGAGACUGUUGACAAACCCCUCGGCGCUGUCAAACUCCUCGAGUGUCACCGAGGUUUCGUGGGCAUGUAGCGUAUGAACGUUGGGAACAAGAGCUCUCGCCCCCUUCAACCGGCGUCCCAAAGCAUGACUGACAGCAAAGCCGUUUCUGGUCCCGUCGUCUUCAUGCCGGUCGAAAUGCUGUUGCUGAAUCUCGUUGAGCCGCUCCCUCCAUUGGACAUCUGGGUGUUUAAAAGCAGCCGCACGUCCCUUGGUGAUGUCGCCCACGAUAAUCUCUGGGUAGUAGUUCUUGAACACCCUGAGCAGACCAGUCAAGUUGGGGUCACCGCCAGUCUGUCGCGAAAGAGCCAGUCUAAUCCAUGAUUAUGUCAGUCCUGGUCAGUCGCAGAAUACGACGUAUACGAUCGCUCACUCACAUGGUCUGAAUCCUAAAUGGUCGCACAUGCUUCCGCC